CUCGCUUCAUUCUUAUCAGGUGAACAUGGCGUUUAUCAGGAUGACGGUGGUGGCGCUGCUCGCAUUGGUUCCGAUUAUCUACGCCUCUGAACUGACACAGACUGAUGAGCACCCGUUGGACGAUAAGACCGUUCCAUCAUCUAAAGUCAGUCUCGGGAAUGUUAUAAGUAAGAUCCUUCAGGUCAGGGAUACCCUUCAGAAACACGCGAAACAAGAAAAAACUCCACUAAGAAGAAUGACCGAUCCGUAUGCAGGCUCAGGUUGCUGUGACAAUAACGAAUUAUGCGAUUACUGGGCGAGAGUUGGGGAGUGUGAUGUAAAUCCGGAAUAUAUGCACAUCAACUGCCAGUAUUCGUGCAAUCUGUGUUGUAUCGACUACAGCUCCGAGUGUGUACCCUGGGCGAACUCUGGGCAAUGUUUUAUCAAUCCUGACUACAUGUUAAAGAACUGUCAGUCUUCAUGUGGUGUUUGUUCGAACAACUGUGUAGGUUGGAAAAGAGACGUCACCCGGAACCUUGGCCUCUGGUUACCCCGUACCAAAGAUAGCUCACAUGAACAACUCAGUCUCGAUAAAAAUCUGAAACGAGCUCUCGACUUUGGAAAAUUAUUCAAAAAAGAAGCAUGGCUUCAUACAAAAGAAAAUGAUGGAGCGCCGGGAACUCGUCCAGCUGCAUCAAAAUAGAGAAAGGCAGUUACCUCAACAUGUGCAGAGAGCAACAGACACGAGGAUGGAGAUAGACGAAUUCCUGACGUCAUUCCUUUGCUGAGUUUGUAAAAUGAAAUGAAGUAUUGCUUAAUGAACUUUUCCUUGAAUACAA